AAAAUUUCAUUGCUGGCUCAGCUUGCGCCAUACCGCGUCGUGCGGAGUUCUUCUCUCCUUCCGCUCGAAGAGAAGAGAAAAAAGAACGGUCCGUGCUCGGCUGCCGUGAAUCUCUCUCACCUCCCCGAAGCAAGCGAGCGGGGCAGCGCGCCAGGAAGGAUCGGAGGAGACGCCAUCAAUCAGCACUUGCACGCGCGCGGUCGGCCGCAGGUGGAGGAAGAAGAUGGGCCUGUGCUCGUGCUGCUGCCGGUGCCUGGAGCUGCUGUGCUCGGUCCUCCUCCCGCCCCUCGGCGUCUGCCUCCGCCACGGCUGCUGCUCCAUGGAGUUCUGGAUCAGUGUGCUGCUCACCAUCCUCGGCUACCUCCCCGGCGUCCUCUACGCCGUGUACGUCAUCUGCUCCGUCGACCCCCACCGCCACCGCGACAACGACGACUACGUCUACGUAGCAUGACAAGAUGGACCGGUCCCCGUGGUGCUCUGGCCCUUACAGCUUUAAAUUGGGUGCAAGAUAUACAAGGAAAUCUCUCUCUGAUCGGUAUUGAGCAAUAUUUUCAGUUGUGGGAAGUUCUUGGUGGUUUUCAGUUACAAAAUAAUAAUGACAAUCAUGUGUGGAGGUUUAGUAGUAAUGGCUUGUUUAGCUCCAAAUCAGCCUACAGAGCCUUCUUCAUUGGGGCUGAAACCUUUGAGCCUUGGAAAAGGGUUUGGAAGAGCUGGGAGCCCCUAAGUGUAAGGUCUUCAUUUGGCUUGCUAUCAACAAUAAAUGUUGGACAGCAGACAGGCUGCAAAAGAGAGGUCUAGAUUAUCCUGAAAAUUGUGCUCUAUGUGACCAAGACGAUGAAACUGCACAGGCAGCACAGCACCUUCUAACGAAUUGCGUCUUUGCAAGGCAUUUUUGGCAUAGUAUCUUAGCUCCAAUUGGGCUUUCUCUGGUUUCUAAGAGGAGGGAUCUUUGUUUUGCUGAAUGGUGGAGGAAAACAUCAGUUAAGAUUCAUAAAAGAAAAGGAAAGGGUUUUUAUAGUAUUGUCAUUCUUGGUGCUUGGAGCCUUUGGAAGCAUAGAAACAGGUGUUUUUUUUAUGGAGCUCGGUCCUAUCUGAUCUCUUUGGAGUCUGGGUUUAGAGAGGAGCUACAUCUUUGGAUUUUGGCAGGGGCCAAGAACUUGCGUUCUCUUUACUUGCGUUCUCUUUUUGAUCCGGGUUAGAGGAAGGUCCUUGAGAGGUGUUGGAGUGCAGGGUGUGUCAGGUGUGCGUAUGGGGGUGAGUCUGUGUGCGUUGACUGGUGUGUGUUGCUGUGGGUGUUCGUGUGUUUUCCUGUUUGUUUUCAGGCCUUUUUCCUCUUCUAUUAAUAUAAUGAUACGUAUCUUUCUUGCA